AUGGGGGAAACUCUCCCAAGGGUCCACGGAGGGGCCCAGCAACACAGUGACACUUUGCGCAGACCAGUGCAUACUCUCAGGGUUAAGAUGGUCCUGCUGGGGAGCUCUGGUGUUGGAAAGUCGAGUCUGGCUUUGCGUUUUAGCAAGGAUGAGUUCAGGAGUACAUCGCCCACUGUAGGCUGUGCUUACCUCACCCAGUUGGUGCAUCUGAGUAAUACCACUCUUCGCUUUGAAAUAUGGGACACGGCAGGCCAGGAAAAAUACCACAGCGUCACUCCGCUGUACUACAGGGGAGCCCACGUAGCACUUUUGGUCUAUGAUAUCACGCAAAGGGAAACAUUUGUCAGAGCUCAGGUGUGGCUCAAAGAGCUCGAGAAACAGUACAUACCAGGAUCUACUGUUAUAUGGCUGGUAGGCAACAAAGGAGAUCUGCCUCACGAUCGGCAAGUGCCACUGGAGGAAGGACAAAGUCUAGCCAGUAACAAGGGCUUGUACUUCACUGAGACCUCAGCCCUCUCUGGAGAGCAAGUCACCGAGCUGCUGCAAUCAGUAGCCCACAGAGUGUUCGAGUGCAUUGGAGCACAGCAGGGAGGUCUGACAGAGUGGCAGGAGACGCCGAGUGUGGAGCUGCGCCACAGAGACUCGUUCAAUCUGUUUUCAUCCUGCUGCAAAGUUGGACCUUAAGCUGUAUGACUGCCAGUGGCUUGGCUGCCUGUUUCUGUUGUGUCUUUCUGUUUGUCUUAAUUAUUUCAA